UGAUCGAAAAUUGUAAAAAGGGAUCGAAGAAUUUGGUAAUCGAAAAGAAAGGGAAGUAGAGAGAUUGGUAUAGCGAGACAAUGGCAACUUCCCAGAACAGAGAACCGUCGAAGAAGGCGAUAAAAAGCCCUGGGGGUUCUGGUAGCUCUCAAGGCAAAACUAAUUCGAGUGGCCAAACUGUUAAGUUUGCGCGAAGGACUUCAAGUGGACGAUAUGUGAGUCUGUCAAGAGAAGACCUUGAUAUGUCCGGGGAAAUAUCUGGGGACUAUAUGAACUACACAGUUCAUAUUCCACCCACCCCGGAUAACCAGCCCAUGGACACAUCCGUGGCUGUCAAGGCAGAGGAGCAAUAUGUUUCGAAUUCUUUAUUUACCGGAGGGUUCAAUAGCGUGACACGUGCACAUCUCAUGGAUAAGGUGAUUGAUUCGGAGGUGACUCAUCCUCAGAUGGCUGGAGCCAAAGGCUCUGCAUGCAUGAUGCCUGCUUGUGAUGGUAAGGUGAUGAAGGAUGAGAGAGGAGUUGAUAUAACCCCUUGUGAUUGCAGGUUCAAAAUCUGUAGAGAUUGCUAUUUGGAUGCACAGAAGGACACUGGCCUUUGUCCAGGCUGCAAGGAGCAAUACAGAGUAGGAGACGAAUAUGAUGAGCCAUCGGAUUACAACAGUGGAACGCUGCAAUUGCCUGGUCCUGACGGAAAAAGGGAUAACAUGUCUGUGAUGAAGAGGAACCAAACGGGAGAAUUUGAUCACAAUAGGUGGUUGUUUGAGACCAAGGGGACUUAUGGUGUUGGCAAUGCUUUCAAUCCCCAAGAUGACGGGUAUGGUGAUGGCGGUGGUGAUGGCUUCCCAGGGGGCUCGCUGGAUGCAGAUGACAAGCCCUGGAAGCCCCUCAGCAGGAUAUUGCCAAUCCCGGCUGCCAUUAUCAGCCCCUACAGGUUACUGAUCUUCGUUAGAUUAAUCGUGCUAUCAUUCUUCCUGCAUUGGAGAAUAGUCAAUCCAAACAAUGAUGCAAGAUGGCUGUGGCUCAUGUCGAUUAUCUGCGAAAUAUGGUUCGCCUUCUCUUGGAUUCUUGAUCAGACUCCAAAGUUUUUCCCCAUUAAUCGUCAGACCGAUCUUGAAGUCCUCCACGACAAGUUUGACAUGCCAUCACCAUCCAAUCCAACGGGCCGGUCUGACCUCCCUGGCAUUGAUUUCUAUGUAUCGACUGCUGAUCCUGACAAAGAGCCACCUCUCACCACUGCCAAUACCAUCCUUUCAAUCCUAGCCGUUGAUUACCCGGUUGAAAAGAUAGCAUGCUACAUCUCUGAUGAUGGAGGUGCCCUCCUCACCUUCGAGGCAAUGGCGGAGGCUGCUAGUUUCGCGGACUUGUGGGUCCCCUUCUGCCGGAAGCACGACAUUGAGCCGAGGAAUCCUGACAGUUACUUCGCGUUGAAAGUUGACCCAACAAAGAACAAGAGUAGUCUGGACUUUGUGAAGGAUAGGAGGAAGAUCAAGAGGGAGUAUGAUGAGUUCAAGGUGAGGAUCAACGGGCUUCCGGAUUCAAUCAGGAGGCGGUCUGAUGCUUUCCAUGCCAGGGAGGAAAUGAAGCAGUUGAAGAAUAUGAGGGAGAAUGGAACUGACCCUUUGGAGCAAGUCAAAGUCCCCAAGGCUACAUGGAUGGCUGAUGGCACACAUUGGCCUGGUACUUGGGCUGUUCCUUCCCAUGACCAUGCCAAAGGUGACCAUUCCGGAAUUCUUCAGGUAAUGUUGAAGCCUCCUAGUCCUGACUCACUAUUGGGAAGUGCCGAUGAUGACAAGCUCAUAGAUUUCACAGAUGUGGAUAUACGCCUGCCGAUGUUUGUCUACAUGUCGCGAGAAAAGCGGCCUGGCUAUGAUCACAACAAGAAAGCUGGCGCCAUGAAUGCGCUGGUGAGAGCAUCCGCCAUCUUGUCAAACGGCCCUUUCAUUCUCAACCUUGACUGUGAUCACUAUAUCAACAACUGCAAAGCUAUCCGUGAAGGGAUGUGCUUCAUGAUGGACAGAGGCGGUGAAAACAUCUGCUACAUUCAGUUUCCUCAGAGAUUCGAAGGAAUUGAUCCCUCUGAUCGCUAUGCCAAUCACAACACCGUGUUUUUCGACGGCAAUAUGCGUGCGCUUGAUGGUUUGCAGGGUCCGAUGUACGUGGGAACGGGGACCAUGUUCCGGCGGUUUGCCUUGUAUGGUUUUGAUCCACCAAAUCCUGACAAGCUGCCGGUGAAGAAGGAUACUGAGACACCAGGAGAGCCUUUGACACAGUCGAAUACAGAACCUUUGACAGCCUGUGACUUUGACGCGGAUCUUGACACCAAUCUACUUCCCAAGCGUUUUGGAAAUUCGACAAUGCUGGCGGAAUCCAUACCGGUUGCUGAGUACCAAGGCCGACCCCUAGCUGAUCAUCCCGCAGUGAAAUUUGGACGGCCUCCAGGCAUUCUCAGAGCUCCUCGUGAUCCGCUAGAUGCCACAAAUGUUGCUGAAGCCGUGUCUUCCAUUUCUUGCUGGUACGAGGACAAGACCGAAUGGGGAGACCGUGUGGGGUGGAUUUACGGGUCGGUGACAGAAGACGUGGUGACAGGGUACAGAAUGCACAACCGAGGAUGGCGCUCGGUGUACUGCGUUACCAAGCGUGACGCAUUUCGAGGUUCAGCUCCCAUUAAUCUCACUGAUCGACUUCACCAAGUGCUCCGUUGGGCAACAGGUUCUGUCGAAAUUUUCUUCUCUCGGAACAAUGCCCUCCUCGCCUCAAUGCGCCUCAAAUUACUACAGCGCCUUGCCUACGUCAAUGUCGGUGUCUACCCUUUCACCUCGAUCUUUCUCAUCGUGUACUGCUUCCUCCCAGCACUCUCGCUCUUCACUGGACAGUUCAUCGUGGCGAAUCUCAACAUCACGUUUUUGAUCUACUUGCUAACCAUCACCAUAUGCCUCAUUGCUCUGGCCCUCCUGGAGGUGAGGUGGUCGGGGGUCGCGUUGGAAGACUGGUGGCGAAACGAGCAGUUUUGGCUCAUCUCCGGAACCAGCGCUCACUUGGCUGCUGUGGUGCAAGGGCUUCUAAAAGUGAUGGCAGGGAUUGAAAUUUCCUUUACCUUGACAGCCAAGUCAGCUGGAGAGGACAAUGAUGAUAUAUAUGCUGACCUCUACCUUGUGAAGUGGACUUCCCUCAUGAUCCCUCCAAUUGUGAUUGGAAUGGUGAACAUAAUAGCCAUAAUCGUCGCAUUUUCAAGGGAGGUUUAUGCUCUGAAUCCUCAGUGGGCGAGGUUUAUCGGCGGUGCCUUCUUCAGCUUUUGGGUUUUGGCUCACUUGUAUCCUUUUGCCAAGGGUUUGAUGGGAAGAAGAAGGAAGACGCCUACCAUUGUGUUUGUUUGGUCAGGUCUCAUUGCCAUUACACUUUCCUUGCUCUGGGUCGCCAUUAACCCGCCAGCCCCUGGUGUUGUCGCUGGUGCUGCAGGAGGCGGGUUCCAAUUUCCGUGAGCUGGUCUGGUUACUGAGUACAUUUUAACGACCUUGAUUUUCAAAUCUUUGAUAUGAAAGUAAAAUGAAAAGAAAAGAACACUUGAACGACGUAGCCAAUCGGAUUGGAUUAUAGAGUUUUAGGGUCAAGAAACUGUAGAAAUAUAAACUAGAAGGAUUUACAGGUACCUUUCGAUUUCGUCCUCCGCCAUUUGAGGGAGAAGGUUGUUUUGUUCUAUGAUUGUACUGGGCGGAGUUUGUAUAUCUUUUACUGGAGUUAUGCUGAAAAGUCUGUAAACUGACCGUAUUUUUUCCUUCUGUAAACAUUCACUGUGUGUGUCUCAUAUAAUCAAUCCGCGUCGUUCUGGUGUACAGGGCAUGUAACAUACGGAUUCAGAGGAUAUACAUAAGCAAAAGAGAAAAACUUUCAUGUCACGAGUGCAUCCAUCUGUUGUUCCUA